UUUGGAGAUCAAAGAUGGGUAGAAAAGACUCUUCCACUACGAAACUUCCUGUUGAUCAGUACAGAAAGCAAAUUGGAAAACAGGAUUAUAAAAAAACCAAACCUAUUUUACGAGCAACCAAAUUAAAAGCAGAAGCAAAGAAAACAGCAGUAGGCAUAAAGGAAGUCGGUCUCAUGCUUGCAGCUCUCCUGGCCCUCCUACUGGCUUUCUAUGCUUUUUUUUAUCUCCGACUGUCCACGAAUAUUGACUCUGAUCUGGACCCAGAUGAAGAUUAGCUGAGCAGCAAUCAAUAAAUGAAGGAAAAUAAUUCCAAUAAGAGCAUCUUUGGGGAGAAGUACUUUGACAAUUUCCAAAACUGAAACAUUUUGAAUAUUUUCUUCUUGGUACUGUCAGUUUGCAGAAAUAUCUUUUUACCUCAUGGCAUAAGGUAUCUGGAGACUUUACCCAGCAAUCUUGAGUCACGUAUGCUACUCAAUACUUUGUAAAUCUUUCUGCUUUGGCAGAUACCCUAUUCAUGAUAUAGUUGGAUAACACAGUUUUCAUAUGUCUUCCAAAUUUACAUGUAUAACUCAACCACUUAAACAUCACUAAAUCUGUUUUAUCCCGUGUAUAUUGUAAGGAAAAGUUUGCAUUCUUACUUGAAAGCGCAUACUCAAAAUCAUAUGUAGAACCUAAGAAUGAGCAGAAAGUAAUGGGAAAUUUAUUUGAUAUUUUUUUAUUUCAUUUUAUUAUUUUUGUUUAUGUGAAUACAGUUAAUUAGUCGUGUGUGUACACAUGUAUUUUGGGUGUGUUCAUGGGUACCCAUGCCUGUUGGGCUCAGGGUUCAACCCUGAAUGUUGUUCUUUUUUUAAAAAUCUUAUUUUACAUGCCGAUCCCAGUUUUUACAAAGAAGCAUGCUUUCUUUCCAGACAUAUUUGGUGUCAUUAGGGAGACUCUCUGCACAUGCAUCCGCAGGAAUCUUUUCCUUCCUUGCCAACUGUUAGUGCACAUGUGCUGUGUCAGAAAUGGCACCUGGAUGACAGAAGCUCACAGAGCCACAUAUGCCCCUAAAGAAGAAGAGUUCCCUUCCUCCUGGGCCGUCUGAGCUGGUGUAAACAGAAAGUUCAGCUGAUCUCAGUUUUAAUUAACUUAUUAUUGCAUUAAUAUAAAAUUGGAAUUCUAUAUUAAUUAUGUUGUUCUGGUUGCCUGCAGUAUCAGUUUGCCCCUCUUGUUAGGGAGCUGUGCAGCAAUCUGCUUUUAAUUGCACAGGGUUCCUCACAGUGCAGAAUUAGCAGGAGUGUGCCUACGCAGAAGCAUUUUGUUGGGGUGUCUCUUAAAUCUGAGCAUUACAAAGCCCUGUUUUUAAAUUACGUUUUGUCUCUUGAUAACUAAUUCAUACUCAGUAGAGAAAAAUAAAUGGUA